UCUCCUAACAAACAGCUGUUGCAGCUGCAGAGAGGAAAAAGGAGAAAGCUCAGGAGCAGCAGAAGUAUUCGACCCCUGCAACAGCUUUACCAUGAACAUGUACCUGUUUGUGUAUGACUUAAUGCAAUUCUGUGGACAUUCAUGGAUAUUUACAAAUAUGAUCAUCAGGUUCAUGACGUUUGGAAAAGAUUCAUUGGCAGACACCUUUUACUCCAUAGGACUUGUAAUGCGUGUUUGCCAAUUGUUAUCUAUACUGGAGAUCCUACACAUCCUCACUGGCAUUGACAAAAGCCGUCUGCUCCCCAGGUUUUUGCAGAUCACUGAGAGAAUAAUUGUUCUAUUUGUCGUCAUCAACAGUCAGGAAGAAGUUCAAGGGAAAUAUGUCGUGUGUGUUUUAUUUUUCCUUUGGAAUUUAUUAGAUGUGAUCAGAUACACUUACAGCAUGUUGGCAAGGAUGGGAAUAUACUACCUACCACUGACAUGGCUCAACUUCUCACUCUGCAUCCCACUUUAUCCCCUUUCAGUUCUGGCUAAAGCAUUUGCAAUUUGCGUAUCACUGCCUUAUUUUGAAUCUUUUGGCACAUACUCCAUCAAGCUACCAUUUCCAUUCGCCUUCUCAAUCUACUUCCCCUAUGUUCUGAAAAUGUACCUGCUAGUGCUCUUUGCAGGUAUGUGCUUUAUCAUCCAGAACCUCUUCUCUGAGAGAAAGGCACACCUAGGGACAAUCAACAUCAAAAAUAAAAGAAGCUAAGUCGAUAUUUUGUUUGGACAUACAAAAUAUACUUCUACUGGACUGCUGCACAUCAUAGGUUAAAAAGAAACUGGACAAAAAUUUUUCAAGGUCACACUCCUUUUUGCAUGUACAUCAUCUGGCUGUGUAGAAUUUUCAGAAACGCAGGUCUCUUGAAUGCACCUCAAAAAUGGAGCAACUUUUGAAGACUUUUUAAAGUUUUGACUAAAAACUACUGGAUUUUUAAAAUUAAUAUUUUUUUUCUAACAUAGGUUGGAGAAUUCUGAACAAAUUGAACAACCCUUAUUUCGGUGUUCAUUCUUACCUCAUUGGCAACAAAUACUCUGUAAUGACAAUUACCAUUUAAUCUCUAAAAUUACUUUAUAUUAGGCCAACAUGUAUGUGCCUCAUAUAUAAAAGUUAAAAAGGCUGGAACUGGAAUCUCUCAAGAAGCCAGAACCUUUGCAACCUAUGAGACUGACAUGCUGAUUAGCCCCAGGCACUCACAUUCUGGCCCAUUCUUCACUUAAUAAAAGAAGAUUCCAGAAAAUGCACCUAACCAGAAGGGCAAGUGAUCACACACUCAACUACUAUAUAUUCAGGGGGAUACUUAAGGGUCAGAAAUAAAUACUUAUGAUCAUGUAUCUGCCAUGUCUGCCUCUUUCCCCACAAUGAUGAACAGCAGACAGACGUGUACAGGAGUGCAAUGCGGUCAAGCCAAAUAUAUGUUGUUCUUUAAAGAGAACUGAAUGACUACCAAAAACCACGUGCAAAAUUCUAGGCUUUUACUCAAUUGUAUUGCUCCUCAUACUUCUGCAUACCUGUGAGAAUGCAACUAGAUCAUAGGCUCUUCAGAGGCUGGUAAUUAAGAAUACCAACAGCAACACAGUGGAUUUUACAGGCAAAAAUAGCCAAAUAACUCAUCUGGGCUGGCAGGAUGUUUCCUAUGUUUUAUAUGUAUUGAUUAUCACCUGCAAUUCAAUUUAAAUAGGUGGGGCAGAAAAGUGAGGCUAAUUUUUUGAGCUUGACUAAAAACUGUGGGGAGGGAGGCAAGGUAGUAAGAGAGAAUAUAAUAGGAAAAUAAACACUAUUAGAAUAUGA